CCUCCGGCAGUAUAGCUGCUCACACACCAACCUGAAACACUUAUUCUGUAUGGAGUAAAGAGAGCACGGCAUCUCCCGUUGAUCAUGCAAGCGGCUUUCUUCUCACUCAUCCUGAUUGCCGUACAUGUGUCUGUACCGGCGGAUUUUGCACCGGAGCUCCGGGACCCAGAGCAACUUGUACGACGUCGGCAGAGCAGCUUCCACGCAGGAGCACGUGUGGAUGCGUCCGCUGGUACGGGACCUUUCUACUUGGAGCUGAGUGGAUCAAUGAGAAAAGGCAUUCAUAGACACUUUCUGGUUAUUUUGCCAGAAAGAAGAGAUAUGAGCAACUAUGUGUCAAUAUUUGAUUUGAGAAGAAAACGCUACCUCUGUGUGGACUCAAAGGGACAGCAAUACAACUCUAGGCAAAAGGGCCCAGAAGAUUGUCUCUUCCAGCACAUUUGGUUAGAUUUGGCGAACCACCAUGACGUGUUUUACUCUAUAAGUGGGGGCCGGCUGCUCAAAGUGGAGGGAGAAGAACCCUCCUCAGCCCUGGUCCAGAGCCUUCUGGGUCCUUUGGUGAAGAGACAGAGGAGGAGUGAGAGAGUGAACCCCUCUGAUCCAUUCAGGUCACAGUCCCAUCCUUCCCAUUCUGCCAAGCAUCACUGGGAUGCAGACGGCAGGCAGCGUGAACAGGACCAGGCCGGUGCUGUGUCCAAAGAGACCAUCACCUCCUGCGAUGACCCCCUCCGGGUCCUACAGUCCAACGGGCCCGUCAGUCCCGUCAAGACCAACAUUGCAGACCGAGCAGAACAAGACUAAGAUACCGAACUUGGGUUUAAUGAGAGUAAAAGUCAAGAGAGGGGGGAAAGUCUUUCCGUUUGUUCUGAAAACUCGUUUCAUGUUUGACUGCAUUAGUGGCAGUAGAGCUGGGCAAUAUGGAGAAAAUCAAAUGUCACAAUAUUUUUGACCAAAUACCUCAAUGUCGA